CACUAUGUCCCAAACUUUGUCGCAUCCAUGGCCAAACUCACCCAACAAGCGCAAUCCUCUGGUUUUGGCGUCGCAGCUACCGGCACAUCGGGCCCCGACCCCUGCUACGCCCUCUUCCAAUGCUACGGCGACCUCUCCCCCGUUGACUGCGCAAUGUGCUACGCCCAGGCUCGCACCCUUCUCCCCGUCUGCUCCUUCAGUACCUUCGACGCUCGCAUCUAUUUCGACGGCUGCUUCGUUCGGGCUGACAGCCGCUACCCCUUCUUCGACGAGAUUUCGGGGCCGCAAGACACCGCCGUGUGCGGAAACUCGACCCGGAAGCGCCCAGCGUUCCAGGCGGCGGCGACGAGGGCAGUGCGGGAAGCGGCUGCGGCAGCGCCCGGGAACGACGGGUAUGCGCGAGCGCAGGCGGCGGUGUCGCCGUCCGCGGUGGCGAACGAGUCCGCUUAUGUGCUGGCGAACUGCUGGAAAUCGCUGAGCGUGAAGUCUUGCAGGGCCUGUUUGGAGAACGCUUCUAGGUCGAUAUUAGGGUGUUUGCCGUGGUCGGAGGGGCGGGCUCUGAACACCGGUUGCUUCAUGAGGUACUCUGAUACAGAUUUCCUCAACGCCGAAAAGGGCAAAGGUGGUUUCGAAGGUAAAACGAUUGGAAUAAAUGCAAUAGCAAUUUCUGUUGUGAGUUCUAUAACUAUCUUGAUAUUAGUGGUAGCAAUUUGGCUUCAUGCAAAGAAGCAAAUGAGGAUUCGGAGCAAAAGAAGAGCUUCAAAUUAUUGGAAUGCGAAGAUCCUUCAAGAGAGUGGCUUGAACUUCAAAUUUGCUACACUCGAGAAGGCCACGGGAUUUUUCAGCGAUGCCAACAAGCUCGGGCAAGGUGGAUUUGGAACAGUUUACAAGGGAGUACUUGCUGAUGGAAGGGAGAUUGCUGUGAAGAGGCUAUUCUUUAACAACACACAAAGGGCAGCAGAUUUCUACAACGAAGUUAACAUUAUCAGCAGGGUAGAACACAAAAAUCUGGUCAGGUUAUUGGGAUGCAGUUGCUCGGGACCCGAAAGCCUCCUUGUCUAUGAGCUCAUACCUAAUCAAAGUCUUGAUCGCUUCCUCUUUGAUCCAAACAAAGGCAAGAUUUUGAACUGGGAAAAGAGGUAUGAAAUAAUUACAGGGAUAGCAGAAGGAUUGGUGUACCUACAUGAGAAUACCAACAUCAAAAUCAUUCACCGAGACAUUAAAGUGAGUAACAUCUUGUUGGAUUUCAAGUUUCAGGCUAAAAUUGCAGACUUUGGGCUUGCCAGGUCUUUCCACGAAGAUAAAAGUCACAUAAGCACCGCCAUUGCAGGGACCCUAGGAUAUAUGGCUCCAGAGUAUGUAAUUCAUGGGCGAUUAACUGAGAAGGCAGAUGUAUACAGUUUUGGUGUGCUAUUGUUGGAGAUUGUCACGGGUAGACAGAACAAUAAGGCCCAAGCCACAGAGUUCUCAUUUAGCCUAGUCAUAACUGCAUGGAAACAGUUUCUACAACAAAAGGUAGAGGAACUUAUUGAUCCAAACCUAAAGUUGGGAGAGAACCAGGUGGACGACAAGGUUACAGAGGAAGCAUUGAGGGUGGUGCACAUUGGGGUUCUGUGCACCCAGGAGAUCCCAUCAAUGCGACCAACGAUGGUGAAAGUACUAAAAAUGUUGAGUAAAAAGGAGGUAGACCUCCCUACACCCACCAACCCACCCUUCAUACACAAGUACAUCAUGGAACUUAAUUUCCCAAUUAAUGCCAUAGGGCCAACUUCGAAUGCCACUAUGUCCUACAAUUCCUUUUGCCCAAGGUGA